UCUGUCUGAGGUGAGAGGUCGGACAUAGAAGUGCAAUGCCGAACAAAACUAAAAAGGACAAGGAAUCACCGAAGUCUGGAAAAGUCAGUAAAACUGGAGGACAAGAGAAUUCAGAUCAUGAGGGAUCAAACAGAAAAGGAAGCAACAGCGUGCCACCCACCACACAGCUGUUAAAGGGGAAACAGUCUGGAUCUCAAGCCCCCGUUAAAAAGGAGAAAAGAAGUUCUUCUCGCUUUAGCCUUAGCAAUAACAGGGAACUCCAAAAACUGCCCGCCUUCAAAGAUGUCCCUUUGGCGGAGCGGGAAAAUCUGUUUGUGCAAAAGCUGCGACAGUGCUGUGUGCUGUUUGACUUUGUAUCCGAUCCGCUGAGUGACCUAAAAUGGAAGGAGGUAAAGCGAGCGGCGCUCAACGAGAUGGUGGAGUACAUCACGCGCGACAGGAAUGAGAUAACUGAGCCCAUCUACCCAGAGGUGGUGCACAUGUUUGCAGUGAACAUGUUUAGGACGUUACCGCCCUCAUCCAACCCAACAGGGGCGGAAUUUGACCCAGAGGAAGAUGAGCCCACUUUAGAAGCUGCCUGGCCACACCUGCAGCUCGUCUAUGAAUUUUUUCUCCGUUUUUUAGAGUCUCCAGACUUCCAACCAAACAUUGCCAAAAAGUACAUUGACCAGAAAUUUGUCAUGCAGCUCUUGGAACUGUUUGACAGUGAAGACCCCCGAGAAAGAGACUUCCUGAAGACCACUUUACAUCGGAUUUAUGGCAAAUUCCUAGGUCUCAGGGCCUACGUUAGAAAGCAGAUUAAUAAUAUAUUCUAUAGAUUCAUCUAUGAAACAGAACAUCAUAAUGGAAUAGCAGAGUUACUGGAAAUAUUAGGAAGCAUAAUCAAUGGCUUUGCCUUACCACUGAAAGAGGAGCACAAGAUUUUCCUUUUAAAAGUUUUGUUGCCUUUGCAUAAAGUCAAGUCUCUCAGUGUUUACCACCCACAGCUGGCAUACUGUGUGGUACAGUUUUUGGAAAAGGACAGCACCCUCACUGAGCCGGUGGUAAUGGCUCUGCUGAAAUACUGGCCAAAGACCCACAGCCCAAAGGAAGUGAUGUUCCUCAACGAGCUGGAGGAGAUCCUUGAUGUCAUUGAGCCCUCUGAGUUUGUCAAAGUCAUGGAACCACUCUUCCGACAAUUAGCAAAAUGUGUCUCCAGUCCACACUUUCAGGUGGCUGAACGGGCGCUAUACUACUGGAACAACGAGUACAUCAUGAGUCUGAUCAGUGACAAUGCAGCUAGAAUCCUGCCCAUCAUGUUCCCCUCGUUGUACCGUAACUCCAAAACCCACUGGAACAAGACAAUCCAUGGUUUGAUCUACAAUGCAUUAAAGCUCUUCAUGGAAAUGAAUCAGAAACUUUUUGACGACUGCACACAGCAAUUCAGAGCAGAAAAGAACAAAGAGAAGCUAAAAUGGAAAGAACGUGAGGAAGCCUGGAUAAAGAUAGAGAAUCUUGCCAAGUCAAAUCCACAGUUUCUACUGUAUCUCGACUCCACUGGUUUGAGCAGCCCAAUGGAGAUUGAAACAGAUGGUGUAGUGAUGGAUGAUGUUACAAUGCUCAAAAAGACAGUAGAAGAAGGAGCUGCUCAGAUUCCUAAAGACCAGCAGCGGAAAGAGCGACCACUGAUGCGCCGCAAAUCGGAGCUUCCUCACGACAUGUCUACGGUAAAAGCUAUAGAAACACACCGGUGUGCCGAGGACAUGAUAAUCAGCCAUGAUGGCCACUAAAGGAGCAGAGCAGCUCAAGAUUCAGAGGCCGAGCACAGCACGCCCAGUGCACAGUGCCAGGGACAGCAGCAGCAGCAGCAGCAGCACAGGAUGACCUGGUGUGACCUGGAAACCUGGACACACACCCAGCUCUGCUCCCAUAAAGAGUCACAGUGACCCUCCUUUGGCCGGUGCCCCUAUGCUGGAGAUCUGUUUUUACUUUAGGUCCUCUCAGGUGUACUUUGCUUUUUGUGUGCUCUUUCCACGAGUCUGUCUUCUCUCUCAUGUGCCUGCAUUGACUUCCCCUUCCUCAUCAGUUGUCAUUAAUCAUAAUUAAAAAGUAGGCGCCAGGGCAAGAACAGGCGGUUUUUGACAUGGGAGCACUUGCAGUGUGAGUGCUGACCAUUGUGUUUAAAUUGAGCCAGAGCCUCUGGACCAGAGAUCAGAGGGCACAGAUUUUGGGUAGAAAUGUGUACAUUUCAGUUCACUAGGGCGUGGCUGCUAGUGCUCUAGCUUUGUGCCUCAGAUUGGUGGUUAAUGUCACUGUAUGUGUGAUUUAGUGUUAUCUGGUCCAGCAAUGGGGACUGUCAGCCAAGUGUCACUGUCUGGCAACAUGGACAGAAAAAUUGUAUAUAUUUUUCAGUUAAAAUGAGCUUGCCUGUCUUCAAGGCUUCUGUCCUGGUUGACUCUAAAGGAAACUAUUCCGUUGUAGAAAGUAGGUUGGUGCCAAUUAAUUUUGUAAUAUAUUUUAGAUGCUCUACAGUACGCCUGGCUAUAUGUUCACCCUGACUGAGAGUGGUUGUUCGAACAAUGGCGAAUAGUUUUUUGUUUUCUAUUCCAACUUCAUCAUAAUGGAGUAACCUUUUUUAAUUACCUAGGAUGUCAUACAUUCUAAACAGCAAUAUAUUUCGGCUAUGCUCUGGCUGGAGUUGAUCAUCUGGGGCAGUCAUUAACUAGUUUUGGCUACUUUUUACAAGAACAUUCCUGCCAUCUGUCAGAAAAUGCGUUGCUUUACAUAGCUAAUUAGGUGUAGACAUAUCUUGUAGGACCAUGCUGGAAAUACUGCCACUCAAAUGUAAUAGAAUUUGAAAUGGCAACAGCAAGGGUGGUUUACUGAUUUGGCACUUAUUUAGUGGGAUUUUCUGAGUGUUAUUGAGUUGUGGCACAAUAGUACAGCAGGUGGUGGUGUGGGUACACAGCUCCAGGAUUCUGAGAGCUUUAGUUUGAUCCUUGCCUUCAGUUACUGAAUGUUGGCAUGUACUCCACCUAGUAUUCAGGUUUUCCAUAACCUCUGGAAAAAAGGUGAUGGUAGGUUAAUUGGGUACUAUAAAUGACCUCAUGGUGUGUGUAAGUGCGGUGAGUGUAGAUGCCAUUUGCAUUGCUGCCCUGCCUACCUUGUUACCACCUACUGUAACCAGUGGUUUUACCAGGAUUUUUACCAGGUUAUUUAAAGCAAACAAGUAAACAUAGCUGAAAUAGUUAUGUUGGCGUCAGAAUUUUCUGCCCAUAUGUUUUUUUUUUUUUUUUUUUAAUAGGUCCAAUUCUAGCCCCAUCAUUAAAAAAUGCCUUUUUUGUAUCGAGUGCCUUUUGGUGGUAAAAGCAAAAAAAAAAAGCAAGAUGAAUGUAGCUUAGUCAUCUUACAACUGUUUUUUGUUUGUUUUCCAAAUGAUACGUACUUGCCUCUAAAGCUAACAUCGAGAGGUUCAAUAACUUGAAAAAAAACAGAAGAAAAAAUGUGUGUGUAAAAUCUCAGCUGUUUGUCUCUAAGCUAAUCAGGUCACAUGAACCUAAUGUGGUCUGUCUGUUCCUGAUCAGACAACAAACCUACUUUCUGUUUCUUUUACCUCAUUUUCUUCAAUCUGAGCCAUCGUUUGAACUUCCACUCUCAGUUAAAUGAGUGGUGAUGACAAGCUCAUGACAUUCUCUCUGUGUAAAGUGCUCCAAAUGCUUACUUUUGUUUUGCCUGCAUUUGCUUGUUAACAUGAAUGUGCAAAUUGUAAAUAGGACAACCAUUAACAUUUUUUUAACUUUGUCUCAAAGAAUAACAGCACCAGUUAUUUUUUUCCUUCCUUCUGAAUGAAACUUUUGACCAUAUGAAUACUAGUGCUUAUAUUCAAAUAAGUAGUGUUUUGAGAGCACUACUCCAGUCAGUCUCAUCUCUUCCCCUGCAAACUGCAGCCUGUUUUUCUGCAUUAAAUGACUUUAAAGAAA